GCCUCAUUCAUGAAACGUGAGCAGAACGAAUUUGUGUGUAAACCGUUCGCAGACGGAAAUUUACGUGCAUCUCCGCAUUCAUCAAUAUUUUAGUAGCUCCGAUCUUUUCGUAGCUACUAACAAAAUCUACACAUGCUGCUGACCACACGUAGUGCUUGUGUAAAUUUAAGAACGCAUAUAAAUAAUGCUCGUCACUGUUGGAAAUUACAAUUAUAAUUCAUAAUGCGUUCUGUUAUGUACACAAUACGCAGAUGCCUUUGAAACAUGUGAUAUAAACAUGACAAACGAUUAAAAAUAUAACAUAUUUAGUUAAAUUAGUUGGCAAUUGGCGGGAUUAAGAUUCAGAUUAAACUCAUAAUUGUGAAUUAUCUAUGUAAAUUGACUCAAUAGAUUACGCGUUAUUUUCUACAUGUUAAAUGAUGAUAAUAAAAAUAUAGGCUAAUAAUAAAAUCACAAAAAGGAUGUAAACCAUUACCAUAUCUGGAUCAAUUCUAAUUAAACCUCCCACAGUAUAAAAGGCCCUCAGUCCUAGUUAAUGGUAACCAUGGCUUAACUUGCACUUCUACAUGAUUUGGCGCAAGGCGCUAUUUGGAGAGAGCGGUACUUCAGGGAUCGGGCAGAUCUGUUGGCUGAGAAUGAUGAAUGGUUGAUUAGUCGUUUCAGACUACCGAGACCAAUUCUGUUGCAUUUAUGCAACAUUAUGGAGCCUAAUCUGACGAGGCCAACAAAACGCAGCCAUGCCAUCCCUGCACACCUACAAGUGCUAUCUGUGCUUGGCUUCCUAGCCACAGGGACGUUCCAGCGGGAGAUAGGUGACAGGUCCGGCAUUUCGCAACCAUCCAUGAGCCGCAUCCUGCCUGCAGUUCUCAGAGGUAUCAUUAAAUUAAUGCCAGAGUAUAUCCAAUUUCCAUACGGCGCACAACGGCAGACAGAAGUAAUGCAGGGGUUAAGUGCAGUUGCAAACAUGCCAGGUGUUAUCGGUGCCAUAGACUGCACACACCGCAUCAAGGCUCCAUCCGGUGAUGCAUUUGCUUACAUUAACCGGAAAAACUUUCAUUCCGUGAAUGUGCAACUGAUCUGUGACGCAAAGUGUGUGUUGUUAAACGUUGUGGCACGGUGGCCCGGUGGGACGCAUGACGCAUUCAUCCUGCGUAAUUGCGCAGUUGGCACGCGUUUGGAGGAUGGAGCUGUGAGAGACGGCUGGCUCAUUGGGGAUAGGGGUUACCCACUGACGCCGUGGCUUAUGACCCCACUGGCCAGCCCGCAGACACCACAGGAGCUGUCACACCACUACUAACAGAUGAAAAUAAAAUUUUUUUUUGGACUCCACUUCUCCCAAAAUAAUUUCAAUCUCCGCUUCGGAAAAAUUCUUUUUUCUUUCUCGUUCUUUUUUUCUUUGUGCCAUGACUGACAGGUCGACAGGAUGCCUCUACACACCUCCUUAUAUGGUGGUCAUUAGCAAUUCAUGGGCGGGGUUCAUGCUAUUUGCUGAUUACCGGGAGCGCGCUGCCACCUUACGAUGGAUUGGCAUUCAUGAUCAUACACACGUGUUUACGAUCAGAUCUGAGUUUCCCGCGGCGUUCAUGAAUCCGGAGUAGGUUUUUAGUAGCGUAGGCUUUUAUGUGCAAAUCUACGCACAAAUCUACUAACGUUUCAUGAAAGAGGCCCAUUGUCUCUGCCUCUGUUCAUAGUUGAGAUGUGACACCUUCUUCAAUAUGGACUGAUGUUAAUUUUAUAAAUGAUCUUCCCAUUUAGAGUAAAAUAUAUGAAAAAUAAAGUAAGGUGGGAAUGCGUCAGGGCCUGGCUAUCUUGUGAUUGAAAGGUCCAUGCUAGCUCCACUCUCUCGAUCUAAUAUGGUCACUGCCGGUUCCAAACAAUAAAGAUAGCAAACUUGAGCCUUUAAAACCAUAGUCCACAAACCAAUGGAUAACACCAACAUAUACGCCCUCUAGGAGUCAAUAGUUAUUAAUGAUAUAUCCAGUUCAAACAUUGUCACCAGCUUACUGUA